UCUGCUACCAUGGAGAAAGUAAAGGCAAACAAACCCAUCGUCUUGAACGCGGACAAAAUCAUCGGCACUGCCAUAGAGCAAUUUCCAGAUCCCAGCACCGGAGGCGACGUCUCAUGGAGAACGUUGAUCUCAACACCCAAGACACCCACAAACACCUUCACCGUCGGUAUUGCUACAUGCGCCCCAGGCGCAGAAGCUGGAUGCCAGGGCCAUCUCAAGCCUCACCGUCACAAGCAAGCGGAAAUCUACCAUGUCACUCUAGGCGAAGGGAUAGUGACAAUCGAUGGGGAGGAGUACGAAGUGCGCAAAGGGAGCGUGGUGUGGAUACCAGGCGAUGCUGAGCAUGGGGUUCGGAAUUCAGGAGACGAACAGUUGGUGUGGCUGUAUGCAUUUGCUACGGAUGGGUUUGAGGAUAUUGUGUAUCGGUUUAAUGAUCUUGAACGUGGGCAAGGGCAAGGGCAAGGGUAUGUGCAAGGUGGAGAAGCAGUACAUGCCAGAGCGAAACUGUGA